GAAUUCACAAGGAUACUAAGAAUUCAUCUGAUUAUCAAAUUUCCCGUCGAAUCAUCAGAGAAUGGAACUCGUUAAUUCAAUGCGUGUUUGAAGCUUUGUCGGCGCUUUCAAGAGGAAGCUGGAUCAAACGCGACCAGCAUUCACAGGACUAACACAAGCCAUUUGUCUUUUUCAAACCAAAACUAGACUCCAACCUACCGAAGGGAUUCUAAAUUAUUUUCAUGGACAUGAGUUGAUGGUGAUUUCUUUUAUUAUCGAAGAUGCAAACAGUUUAAUUUUGGUCUGAAGAUUAUAUCAUUGAUUGAUCGAUCAUCUACUACCACACACAAUCUAGUUUCUCAUUGUACUCCAGGAUGUUGGUUUUAGCAUUGUGUCUGGGACUUUUUAGUGCCUUCACUGUUUUCAUAGUCAGGUUUUUUUAUUUGAAAGUUCAGUGUUGGUUUUGUGGGCAUACUGCCUCAACAUCGUGGAGUAGAAAGACAUCGUUUGUUUGUCAACAAUGUGGUCAGUAUAAUGGAUUUACAAGUGAUGGUGAUUACAAUAAAGUCAUACCAUCCCAGUUCAGUGCCGAGUUAAAUCCAGUUAAUUUCAGUAAGGCUCGCGGUACGUUUUCAUCACAUUCUGAUGUAUUGUGUCCGGACUGUACACGUAAUCAAAAUACUAUUGUUCAAAAGUUGUCGGAGUAUACUCCGAAAAAUGACAGAUCGGAUGAGGAAAUAAAAGAAUACACUCGCCUUCUAGAGUUGGAAUAUGGUUUGUGUUCAAGUUGCUAUCGAAAAGUUAAUGAUAAACUUAGGCAGUUAGAUUACAAAUUAUUACCAAGUUUCAUUGAUUGGUGGCAUAACAACAAACAACAAACCAUCUCCAUAACAAAAAAAAGUUCAGUCUCAUUGAAAACUCCUCGUCAAAUCAUUAUAUGGUUUGAAUUGUUUAUUAUUUUACGUUUGAUUAGUAUAUUAUGCUUUAUAUGUAUUAUAAUUAGUCCUAUUCUAAUUGAAAUCAGUAAACAAACAUGCCUUAUCUAUGUGACAAAGAAUAAAUCUUACUUAUAUAAACUAAUUGAACUAUUUUGGUCUAGUAAUUGUCGAUUCUAUACACGACAAUAUUGUAAUGAGAUUUUAGCUUAUUCUCAACAUUUCUCCCUUACUAAUACAGGUCAAUUAUGGUUUAAUUUAUUAUUGAUUUGUUUACAAAUAACCCUUGUUGCUAUGAGUAGUUUACGACUUGGUAACAAACAUAAUACAUCAUAUCAUUAUUCAAUCUAUCAUGAUGGUUUAAAAACACUGGUCGUAUUGUAUGAUAUUUCGAUGCUUUUAAUCUCAUUAAAUAUUCUCUUAUCAUCAUCGUCGUCGCUAAUUAUUGAUAGUUUCAAUUUAAUGAGUAGUAUAAAAUUACCCAUUACAUCUACCCAUAUUACCCUAUUAGGUGUUUUUAUUUUGUUUGCUUCAUUCAUUAUCAUUCUUUAUGGAAUCCGAAUAUGGUUAUCAUUUUUCUUGAAAGAUUGUAAAUCUCAACAGAAAACAUUAAAAGACACAUGGCCUAGUAAUGUUAAGUUACCAUGUCUACAAUCUACAGAUAGUAUAAGUUAUUAUUCAACACCAAGUCAUCAUUCUACAAAUUAUACAAUGAACUCUUUCAACUCAAGUGGAAGAUCUCUUGAAGAUGAGCUAGCUGAUACAAAAUUAUUUUCAACAACAAACAAAUAUAAUAAUGUAUUUCGACCAUCUGUAUUAAGUGGUAGUAAUAUCUCACCCAGUGCUAUUGGUUCUCGACAUUCAUAUACAUCUUCCAAUAUGUAUUCAACUCAUUACAAUCCAAUGAAACAACAAAUGAUUGAAUCCGGUCAACGGGAUGAUGAUAAUUUAAGUUAUCUAUCAAGUGUUAGUCAUUAUAAACCUAAUUGUUAUACACUUGAUUCUAAUUCAAGUGGUCAGUUACCUACUAACUUAACACAAUUUAUGGUGAAACGUAAAUCUAAUUCAUCCAAACGUAAACGACGAACUGGUCUUAUACAUUUUGUAUUAUGUUUAUUAUUUGGUCGAUUAGAAACAUGGAAAGAUGUAUGCUUAGAAUUAACUUGUUUGGCAAAUGCAAUUUUUCUUAGUAUUGUAAUUUAUUGUACAUAUCGACUUAUGUAUUGUCUUGUCAAUGUAUUUGAUGCUUGA